AUGUCUUUCUCAGAUUUCUCAAAAGCUGAAUCAAUUGCUUCCUUAAACAGCUUCUUAGCUGAUAAAUCAUACAUCCAAGGUACUUCUGCCACCCAAGCUGAUGUCUCCGUUUACAAAGCUUUCCAAAAAGAAUACCCAGCUUUAACUAGAUGGUUAAACCACAUUGCUUCAUUCACUGAAGAAUUUGAACAAUUACCAGCUGGUGAAGUUCCAGCUUCAAAAGAAGCCCCAGCUGCUGCUGAUGAUGAAGACGAUGUCGAUUUAUUCGGUUCCGAUGAUGAUGAAGUUGAUGAAGAAGCUGAAAAAUUAAAACAACAAAGAUUAGCUGAUUAUGCUGCCAAAAAAGCUGCUAAAGGUCCUAAACCAGCUGCUAAAUCUAUGGUUUCAUUAGAUGUUAAACCAUGGGAUGAUGAAACCGAUUUAGAACAAAUGCUUGCCAACGUUAAAUCUAUCGAAGUUGAUGGUUUAGUUUGGGGUGCUCACCAAUGGGUCCCAGUUGGUUUCGGUAUUAAAAAAUUACAAAUCAACUUGGUUAUUGAAGAUGAUAAAGUUUCCUUAACUGAUUUACAAGCUUCCAUUGAAGAAGAUGAAGACCAUGUCCAAUCUACUGAUGUUGUUGCUAUGUCAAAAAUCUAA